AUGUUUUUGGGGGAGUGCUUUCGUUUCGUGCUGCUGUGAAGCGUAAGAGCUGCGCUGACCGGGCAUUGUAAUCAGGCGUCAUCAACAAUAAUUCCAAAUAUGGUUAACUGUGCUGUGUUGGGAUGCAACAACGAGUCAAGGCGGAAAGCUGACUGUGGUGAAAACACGACGAAAGUCAGUUUUUUUUCUGUUCCGACUGUUGUUCGUCGGCAGUGCAACCAGACCCUCGAGGUCUCAACGAAACGUCGGGCGGAAUGGUUUCGUCGCCUCAACCGUGGUUACAUUAAUACCAACGCUACUCACUACAAGGUCUGCAGCGAACACUUCGUUUCUGGAAGGCCAUCCUACCUGAUGGACGUUACAAACCCAGACUGGGCACCCAGCUUACGCUUGGGGUAUGACAGAAACUCAGCUGCUAAAUCUGAAGCAAGGCACCAGCGACGUUGCAAGAGGGCUGCGACCUCAAAGGAGAUCCAAGAGGGCAAUAGCAGAGUUCUCCAGCCUUCAAAUGUGUUGAACGUGCAGCACAGCGCUGUGUGCAGAACUGUCACGGGCACACCACUUGCACGCCCUGUUACAGCACAUAACAAGGAAGCUGAUGAGCCACAUGCGUCUCGUUGCGCACUCAACAGCGGUUCAGACCCACCAUCUGUGCAAUCACACGAGGAAGGCAGGGCCUCAGCUGAAAUGGGUUCUCCAGUUGGAGUUGUAGUGGAUGCCUCAUAUUGUGAGUACUGCAUUCGUUCAGUUGGAGCAAACCGGAAGUGUUUAACACAAGGGAUUCUAAGAGUCACAUUCCUGCAUUUUUUAUCAGAUGUAAAGUUUUCUGAAGCUGGUGUUCAAGCCACCACUUCGACAGCUGAAGCUUCAGUAAAUACCACUUCAUUGCUAAAGGAUGCUGAAACUCAAACUGACAUCACAGGCAGUGUUCUGAAGAGUUUUGAAGCUGAUAACCAGGUCCUACGCACCGAGUUACAGGAGGUGAAGGGCUCUCUGGACACACUUCGGCUGUCGAAAGCUUCUUUGGAGCAUGACAACACCCGUGUGCAAAUUUACACGGGCCUACCAAGCUUCACAGUUCUGAUUUCACUGUUCACACUUGUCGAAAGUAGUGUGCCACACAGCCCAAACAAUGCUCUUGCGAAAUUCCAAGAAUUUGUACUCACACUAAUGAGGCUGCGAUUGGGAGUGGCCUUGCAGGACCUGGCGUCCAUUGAAGAAGCAUUGACGGGGGUCUUCAAUGACCGUAAUUUCUGCCUCUGA